CAUCGGUAGGGUUCGGCCUUUUCCGGUAUUUGACGAAUCAGAAUCUCGUUUUACUUCGGGCACCUGCGAGAAUUGGCCUUUUCCGCGAGAUUUCAGCGACUCGCAAGCAUGGCUCCACGUAAAGGAAAGACUCAACAGCAGGAGCAAGUUGUACUUGGUCCCCAAGCUAAAGAAGGAGAAAAUGUGUUUGGAGUAGCACACAUCUAUGCUAGCUUCAACGACACAUUUGUCCAUGUUACUGACCUGUCUGGAAAAGAAACGAUCACACGUGUGACAGGAGGAAUGAAGGUGAAGGCUGACAGAGACGAGGCCUCCCCCUAUGCUGCUAUGUUGGCUGCACAGGACGUUGCUGAGAAGUGCAAGAAUCUCGGUAUCACUGCUCUGCACAUUAAGUUGAGGGCCACUGGAGGAAACAGGACCAAGACUCCUGGCCCUGGAGCUCAGUCUGCUCUCCGAGCUCUGGCUCGUUCCGGUAUGAAGAUCGGAAGAAUCGAGGAUGUUACUCCCAUCCCCUCCGACAGCACCAGAAGAAAGGGAGGUCGCCGUGGUCGUCGUUUGUAAAUUAUACUUGGUCAUGUGCAUGUAAUAAACAUGUGCUUAGCAGUAA